AGCAGGUUGUCCAAAACGAAAUUGAAUCAUUUUAUCGUUUGGUGUCCAGACAGAGCAUGUCAGUGAUGUCUCGUGCUCAGCAUGCAAGCUACAGCUCGUAUUCGGCAAGAGCUGAGUGCACACUUUUAACUGCAGUAUUUCCUUUCAACCUUCCACAUGAAUCCAGACCGGCCCUCUAUCUUUAGGAGUUGAUAAAUUCAACGAAAUACAUAUGUCUCGUCUGUUGUUUACAUUUUCCCCGUUACCUUUACUUCUGUGGUGGCUUUGGACAUUUAUUUCAAUGCCCAUGUCCCCAAAUGUCGCCAAGCUCUAUGAAUUCCCUAGAGGCGCAUGGAUCGAGAAUAUCGCUGUUCGCGGAAACGGAAAUCUUGUUGUCGUACGCUUCGAUCAGCCUGAGGUAUUCGAGAUUGAAAUGGACGUCUCGCCUCCACGUUCACGGCUUAUAGCGCGUUUUGAAGAGUAUAAAGGCAUUCAAGGCAUUGCCGAAAUAGAGCCGGAUAUCUUCGCAGUCAUGCCUUUCAAAGGAUCCACAUAUUCACUCUGGACGGUCAAUCUGGGAUCAGAAGGGCUGAAAACAGAGGUGAUAUCACAUAUUCCAGAUGUAGGCAUGUUGAAUGGUUUGACGAAGCUGUCACCGUCAACUUUGCUCGCAAGCGAUACCAAAAGAGGUGCCAUCAUGCGCCUAGAUAUCGCCAGAAAGUCUUCGUCUACUGCUAUCAAGGAUGACUCCAUGGCUGGGUUGCGGUUCUUGGGAAUCGGUAUCAAUGGUGUCCGAGUUCGAGAUAGCAUGGUGUACUACACAAACUUAUGGAAAGGAACACUAUGCAAGAUUUCAGUUAAUCCUAUUACAGCUACUCAGAUAGGGACCCCUCAAGUCGUAGCGACAAAUUUGGGGAUCCUGGACGAUCUUGCGAUUGAUAAAGACAAUCAACAAUUGUACGUCAUGCAAUACCUGGCAGGCACAAUCACGCGAGUUCAGGAAGAUGGGACGAAGGAAGUCGUUGCAAAGGGCCUUAAAUACAUAACUUCUGCACAAUUCGGCAGGCGAGAGAAGGAUCGUAAUGUCUUGUAUGUCAGCAGUAGUGGGAAUCCCUUGGGACAAGCUUUCAAGGGAGCUUUUGAAGGGGGAAAAGUGUAUGCAGUCCAUUUGGAAUAGCCGGCACCCGUUGCCAACGGAAUUGAGACUUUGCAG